AUGUUCACCCCCCCAAGCCAUGAGCAGCAUAUAGCGGAUCUUCCUGGCUCCAUGGAGGAAGUAGGUCUUGGCCAGAUCAACUGUGCCGAGAAAAACAGGGACGGCAGAUCCUUGAACCUUCGAAAGUAUGCGGUAAAUAUCCGCUUCACGCUUCACUUCGUUCCAGUGAUAAGAUGUGGUUCCUUUACCGACGACUGUAUAUCCAUAUGCAGUGCAGGUUAUCUUGAAGGGUACUCUAGAUGCCCCACAGCGUCCUAUGGGCGUGCAGUCGCGGUCGAGAUUUUCAUCCAGCUGCUGUUUGAUACAUUGAACCAAGCUCUGGGCAUCGAGGAGGUGUCGACUGUUGUUUCCACCCUGCUGAUGAAGCAUAACAUUCGGGCAAUUUCCAUCCAGCUUGCCCCCUUGCUAUCCUGUCAGCCAAGCUGCAUUGUGUUCCAGUUUCGCGGGUUCCUCGGUUGGGACAGAAUCAGGCCGAAUAACCUCUUUCCAAAAGUCCAUCGGCCGUAA